ACAAUUUUGUGUUCAAUAGCUCCAUCCAUUAUUUCUUUCCUGAAAUGCUGCAAACAUGAGUAGGCCCGAUCUUGACAACUCGGAGGAAACUGAGAGCCACGCGAUUCCAUCCUCCGCUUCUGGCCUCGGAGCGGAAAACGGGCCCGACGGCAAUUGUUUUGCUUUUUCGCCAACCCAGCUAAACGACUUGUUCAAUCCAAAAUCGCUGGAAGCUUUCUGCUCUCUGGGCGGACUUUAUGGACUCGAAUUUGGGCUACGAACUGAUUUAGCUACCGGGCUACAGUCGGAUGAGUCCGUUCUGUCAGGACGUGUCUCGCUCGAGGAAGUGAAGCAAGUCGCAUUAGCAAAGACAACGACAUCACAACGACCGCUCCUGAGCAAUCAAUCUCGUCUGGCCAGAGGGAAAACACAUGGCCUGCCAUUCCACGAUCGCAUAAGGGUAUUCGGGCGCAAUGUAUUGCCAGUGACAAAACGAAAAGGGUUUGGACGAUUGCUAUGGGAUGCCUACAAUGACCGAAUAAUUCUACUUCUCACAGCAGCUGCAGUUGUAUCACUGUCGUUAGGCAUCUAUGAAGCUGCUAGCGGGCAGUCGCAAGUAGACUGGAUUGAGGGAGUGGCUGUUUGCGUGGCAAUAUUCAUUGUUGUCUCGGCCACGGCAGUGAAUGACUGGCAGAAGGAAAGACAGUUUGUUCGUCUGAACAAGUUGAAAGUUGAUCGUGAAGUUCGUGUCAUCCGCUCCAGUCAGUCCGUCAUGGUUCAUAUCCAUGAUCUGACGGUCGGAGACGUCGUGCAUCUCGAGCCCGGAGACUGUGCACCAGCUGAUGGAGUCGUGGUGACAUCUUAUGGGCUAAGGUGCGACGAAUCAAUGGCGACAGGCGAGUCGGAUCAUGUUGAAAAGCAUACGGGCUUCGAGGCUCUCGAUUGGAUUGCCGCCAAAAGCUCAACUGAAGAUAUGGAUCCAUUCAUUAUCUCGGGAAGUAAGAUCCUUGAGGGCCUGGGGACUUAUCUGGUGCUGAGUGUCGGACCUAACUCCACUCAUGGGCGAAUUAUGGCUGGUCUUGCUGUCGAAAGCGACCCAACGCCUCUUCAGGUCAAGUUGACUCGCUUGGCAAAAUGGAUAGGCUGGUUCGGACUUGGGGCGGCUCUAUUGUUAUUCUUUGUACUUCUGUUUCGCUUCCUAGCUCAGUUGCCCGAAAACGAUGCACCGUCCGCAGAAAAAGGUCAGAUCUUCAUGGACAUUCUCAUUGUUGCGGUCACGGUAAUUGUUGUCGCAAUCCCAGAGGGGUUGCCACUCGCCGUUACCUUAGCACUAGCUUUUGCGACGACACGUAUGCUCAAAGAGCAGAAUCUGGUUCGGCAACUGCGCGCGUGCGAGACCAUGGGCAAUGCAACCGUCAUCUGCUCGGACAAAACCGGUACCCUCACACAAAAUAAAAUGACAACUGCUCUUGGCAUACUGGGCUUAGCGGACGCCUUUACACAGUCAGGUACAACCGCCUCCGGCGUGGAGCAAGCUGCCUUUAGCUUUCCAGAAGCCAUCGGCCGAUACCCUGUAGCCUUCCGCGAUCUACUCAUCAAGAGCAUAACCGCGAAUUCCACGGCCUUCAGAGAAGAGCGAGAUGGCCGGAUGGAGCUGGUAGGAAAUAAAACAGAUAUCGCACUUUUGCACCUGGUGCAGGAGCACCUCGGGGUACAUGACAUCAGUCGAGAGCGGGCAGAUAUCGAUACUAUACAGGUCUAUCCAUUCGAUUCUGCUCGCAAAGCAAUGGCGUUGGUGUACCAUGUGGACGAAUCAGGGUGCCGUGUACUUGUAAAGGGGGCAGCAGAGGUGGUUCUGAGAGAAUGUACCUCCGUUAUCACUCCAGGGUCCUCUUCACAUGAGGAUAUAUCCACUCAACAGAUAAGUGGGACCGACUUUGAAACGUUGGGUGAGGCGAUCAGGAAAUAUGCCUCUGCAUCGCUACGCACAAUAGGACUCGCAUAUCGUGAUAUCCCAAUCGAACUAGUCGCCGGGGAUGGUCGACAAGAAAAGGCCAGCCUUGGGUUCGAGGAGCUUUUUCGAGAUAUGACAUGGAUUGGGCUCUUUGGGAUCCAUGAUCCCUUGCGACCGGAGGUAAGGGAUGCGAUACAACAGUGUCACUCGGCUGGGGUCAAGGUUAAGAUGGUGACAGGUGACAACCUUAACACCGCAUUGGCGAUAGCAGAAUCCUGCGGUGUCAAAACGGCUGAUGGUGUUGCUAUCGAGGCGCCAGAGCUUCGUAAACUUGAUGAGACUGAAUUGGAUAUUAUCAUGCCGCGCCUUCAAGUGCUGGCUCGCUCAUCUCCAAGUGACAAACAGCUUCUUGUAAACCGUUUGAAGCACCUGGGUGAAAUAGUUGCCGUGACUGGUGACGGGACAAAUGAUGGUCCGGCGCUCAAGUCAGCCGAUGUUGGUUUCUCAAUGGGACUGAGUGGAACUGAGGUGGCUAGAGAAGCGAGUUCAAUCAUCCUUCUGGAUGAUAACUUCCGAUCUAUUGUCACCGCGAUUGCCUGGGGCCGGUGCGUCAAUGACGCUGUGGCCAAAUUUCUGCAGUUUCAAUUAACGGUGAACAUCACAGCGGUAUGCUUGACUGUUGUGACCGCCAUAUACAACAGCUCCAACGAGAGUGUUUUUAAGGCAGUGCAAUUGUUAUGGCUGAACUUGAUCAUGGACACUUUCGCAGCCCUAGCUCUAGCGACCGAUCCCCCAACGCCGGAGAUACUACAACGUCCCCCCACUCCCCGGAAUGCAUCAUUGUUCACAGUUACCAUGUGGAAGCUAAUGCUCGGACAAUGCAUCUACAAGCUGGCGCUGUGCUUCACACUCUAUUUUGCGGGGGACAGGAUAUUGAGUUUGGACAUGGAUGAUCAUAAUGAAAGACUGCAGCUCAACACCAUCAUCUUCAACACUUUCGUAUGGAUGCAGAUUUUCAACGAAUUUAACUGCCGCCGGCUAGACAACAAACUCAAUGUCCUUGAGGGUGUUUGGAAAAAUCGGUGGUUCAUCGUGAUAAAUUUUCUGAUGGUGGGCGGUCAGAUACUCAUCGUCUUCGUGGGCGGCGCGGCAUUUGGCGUCGUUAGACUGAGCGGCACCCAGUGGGCAAUUUGUCUUGGAUGUGCGGUAGUCUGUAUUCCUUGGGCAGCCGUGCUCAAGUUCAUCCCGGACAAGUAUGUGGCUUAUGUUUUGAGAUGCUCUGGUUGGUGUCUCUUCGCAAUCCUUCGCCCAUUGAAGAGGGUAGUACAAAUCCUGGGACGGGCGGUCAGGCAGACCGGUUUCUGGUCCCUGAUACACCGAUGGCGCUUGGGCAAGCAUUCUACGAAGAGUCACGCCGAUGAGGAAACUGGGAACGGUCUGCAUUCGACCAUUUAG